CUUGCUUGGACAGAUACAAGACGCACGCACACACGCAGGCAGGCAAGGUCACUUACCUCUUAGAUACUCAUGAAGGUCAGCACGACUGUCUCGAGAUGGUCAGGCAAGCCCCAUCUUCCCCCCCCUCUGGCACAUCAACACAGCCUCGCCAUGCGGUGAAGGAGCACCUGCUGCAGGACAUUUGCAAGCCCGCAUUGCGCAUCCACCUCCUCGUCAUCUCCUUUGGUACAGGUCUGCUCGAUGCCGGGUCCUAUGCCGACUUUGGCAUCUUUGCUUCCAAUCAGACGGGAAAUACCAUCAUCCUCUUGACAGAGGCAGUCGCCUCGACGCGCUCCUCCGUAGGGUCCGGUGCGCCAAUCCUCACUGUAGGCGUAUCCCUCGCCGCCUUUCUCGCCAUGGGCGCCAUCUUUGGGCAGCUCGGCAACCACCUCGGCCGGUGCAGACGCAUCUGGCUCGCCUUUUCCACACUAGUGCAGGCGACAUUCCUGCUCGUGACGGCAAUCUUGCUGCAGACGAGGGUGUUUAGAAUUGGGGAGAUGCUGGAGCAAGGAGAGUACAGUAGGGCUGAUGUGGAUGGAGCACUGAUCAUCUUCAUGCUCGCGGCGGCUUCGGGGAUACAGGUUUCCAUGGCCAAGUCUGUAGGCGUCCCAGAGUGUCCCUCUGCAAUGCUCACCUCCCCUUACUCCGACCUGGUCACCGACCCCCACCUCUUUGCACCUCAUCUCCGCACGCACCAAGUCUUCUCUCGCAAUAUCCGCCUAAUCUACAUUCUCACCCUCAGCGCAGGCACCCUGGUUGGAGCUGCACUGUACUACUAUGCUGAUACGGUGGCGGUUGUAUGGGUGGCGUUUGCCCUCAGGACGGGUAAUCUGGUGCAUAUAUUGCUCGCGGGGGCGGUACUGGGGGAGGAGGAGGGUGGAGAGGAGCAGAGAGGGGAUGGGAAGAGGGAGGGAGGAGUGAAGAAGAAGGAGCUUAUGGAAGAGAAAGAGGGAGAGGGCGCGACUCCGAGGAUGAUCGGCGCGAAGGAACAGGAUUGAUGAAAUACGCUGCUCAGAGACGAAGAUAUACCCCGGAACAUCCUUGCUGAUUCCUUACGACUACAGACACGACUACGCCCGAGAGCUUCGCUUAUAGACGAUGCGAUAAUGAACCAAAUGUCAUGUAUUAUGCUUUAGAGAUACAAUGUUACACCAGAGUCAUCAAUCAAGUGC